CAUUGAAUACACUUUUUUUAUUAUUACAUUUCGGACAAUUGCUAAAGAUUCCUUGUGAAAAUAUGUCAAUGACUUUAUAAUAUGAUGCUGGAAUUUCAAAAGCGUAUGGCACUACUAACAGAAUUAUGUAAAAUUUUUAAAUCACUCAAUGAUUACGAACAAGAGAUAUGGACAACUUAAUCGCUGAUGAUACAAUUGUACAAUUAGUAUACAAUUCAUCCUUAUGCUAUAGUCAAACUUAGAACUCAACCAAAUGGCUAAAUAAAUUCUAAGAUAAACAUAACAUUUUACUAACGAAAUGUUUAUUCCUAUGUUGUGACAGGUUGGCAAUGGUCAUUGCGUCUAUAUGUGGCCCUGGCUUUUGCAUUACCAGUGUUGAAUGUAUUGAAAAGAGUGAUGCGAAACGUUUCAGAAAAUUACAAUCUGACAUACAAAGAAUUGUAGAUGAAGAAUUUAUGACUAUUAAUCAAAUAGCCUAUACCGAAUGCCUCAUAGAAAAAAUUGGCAAUAGAGCGUCAGACGAAAGAUUAAAAGUACGUAUGCAUUUACUGAGUGAUGUUUUUACUAUCUUCAAAAGCUUUACUACGUACUCGAAGCUGCUUAUGUUCUUCAGAAUCACUACAGUAUCUUUUCUUAGUUGACUAUAACAUUUCAUCUUCAACAGCAGGAAGCAGCAUCAGCAACAUUAUCUUCUGUACGUCAACCAAUUGAUUGGAGAUCAAUUCGAUUAGAUUCACCUGCUGAGACUUCGGCUACUUCUGUGCUUGUGCCAGAUCUCGAUGAAGUUACAGUAUUAUUACAUGACGAACAAUACUCUCAAUAUGCAAUUGCUCCAGCUACUCCACCACCAUCAUAUUAUAAAGUCAUUGACAUAUUUUCACAAGGAAUCUUUAGCAAUUGUCCGAAAUGUAAUAAUAAAAAAAGUGUAUUCAAUGCACAAUAUUGUACGAGGGCUGGACGACAUCCCCAAAAAUCGAGAUAUUGUUCCAUUUCCAGCAGAAAGACUUCAACCCCCAUAAAGUCAAGCAGAAAUGCUUCUUCAGCAACCACAAUCCAUUAUGCAAAUCAUUCACUACGGAGACAAUACCGCAAGCGACAGGAAGAAAUCAUUCAUCGAUAUCUCCCUUUACAAAGAGAAAUUGAAAUCAAAUAAGGAGAUAUUGAUUUUCUUUUUUUUUCUUUUUAUAGAUACGUUCUAGGAGAAAUCGUUUUUCUUGUAGAGAAAUCUAUAAUUGUCGAGUAGAAAUCAUUCAUCGAUAUCUCCCCUUACAAAGAGAAAUUGAAAUCAAAUAAGGAGAUAUUGAUUUUCUUUUUUUUUUCUUUUUAUAGUCGUAACACACCGUAACUCACAGGCCUUAUUUGACUUGGAAUCGACAAUUACAUAAUACGUAUCAUUUAUCAAGACAUUUACAUAGCACUGAUAUCUAAAUGAAUAAUCUGCAAAAA